AUGGAAAGACAGGGCGACGUAGCGCACGCGUGCGUAAAGGAGCAAGACCAAAUGCCCCCCAAAAAAAAGUACAGCAAUUUAGUUAAGAUAAACAAAAAGGAAAUGGAAGGACCCGAAAAUAAAAAUGACUUGCUCUUAGAGAAAAAGGAAGAGAGGACAGGUCUGGAGUUAUUCCCAGUGAUGGUACAGGAAACUCCUUCCCUUGAGUUGAAGAAGCUCCGAGAGAAUAUCUGUAACUUCGAAGAUGGAGGAGACGACGUUAUGAUGGGUCUAUACAUGAAUAAAACGCCAUGCAAAAGAUAUGACGAUGAUGACCUGAUCUGUGAGAGCACCAAGUAUGUAAAAACGUAUAGCACCAAGAAGAGAGUCUACACACCUAGAAAAGUCAACAAGGGGAAUUUGUUCCAGUUUGAAAAUGAGGAGAGUGGAGGAGUAUCCAUGUUUAGCACCCCUAAAAGGAAGUAUACAAAUAAGAGGAAGAUUAAUGAAAUGCUGAAAGAUCUACAUGGAGGUCAAGCGGCCAACAGGAGUGUGACAAAGAGAAAAAAAAAAAAAGUCCAUAGAAGCAAGUAUGCCGCGAACGGGGUGGACGCCGCAAACGGGGAGGACGCCGCAAACCGGGGGGACGCCGCAAACCGGGGGGACGCUGCAAACUGGGUGGACGCCCCCGCUGCGUCAGAUAAGUGGCGAAUGCAGGAGUCGAACAUGCAGGAGCUGCCCGAGUACAUAAAGAACGAGUAUAUUUCAUACCUAUGCAGCCCGUUGAAGAGAAGCGAGCGACUGAUUAAGUCGAGGAUAAAUAAAAUGCUAAACGAAAACGCAGAGCAGGAGAAGCAAGCGAACUCGGAAGGAACAGAAAGAGACAUGAACAGCAAUAACACCACGAGUCACACAUCCAGCUAUUCGGGAUUAUCAAAGAGUGAAUACAUCCACUGUGACUUUGAACCAGAAGAAGAAGAAAAAUGUUGGGAUGAUUACUACACACAAGGAAGUGAUAAAAUAAGACCCUUCACAGGAAUAACAACAGAGCUAGCUGUCGAUAUGAUCACAGAAUUGCUGAGAUCAAAAAUUAGAAAAAUUGUUAUUGACGAGAAGGAGUAUUUGUCUCCAAUUACAGAAAAUGACACCAUUAUGGAAAUAGGACAUGGGAAUCAUCCACUUGCUGUACAGAUGCAUGAAAAAUGGGGAACAGCUGGAAGGUACAUAGGAGUAGAGUUCAGUGGAUUGGCUAGCAGAGAAGCUCUAAAAUGUGAAAAAUUGAAAAAAUUGUUUUUAAUGAGAAAGGUAGAAUUCGUAAAGAUAUUAAGCAUGAGAUAUUUUAAAGGAGAUUAUUUAAAUGGUCUUGUAGUACAGUCCAAUAUUUCUCCAUGUAAUACCAAAGCAGAUUUUGUAAAAAUGAAUAGCUUUAAGUAUAUCUUUGCAAAGAGUACCUUAGAUUAUAUUACUUGCCGAAUGGAUAACAUAGGAAAUAGUUGUGAUUGGGAAGAGGAUCUACAGAUAUCUCCUUCUGUCGUUGAUAUGUUUGACAGUUUGGCAGACUCAUUGCAGAAUUGUAAAAAUAAUAGCAACAGAUGUAACUCCUGUAUCAUUUUUGUAGAACCCAGUAAUUCCUCCAAAUUCCGGGAUCAUAUUUUGACCAUAUUUAAGGUCAUUUAUACAGCUACGUUUAAGUACAGCAGUGCGGCUAAAUUUCUGCGUCUCAGCAAAAUAACGAAUAAUCCAAAAGCUUGUGGGUAUAUGAUUGAGAAGAGGAACGAGGUGUAUCGGGACUUUGAGGAAAUCAGACAGGAGUUCCUUAAACUCAUCAUUAAGGCAUCUGUCACGAAGAAUGUGGACGAGGUCGAUUGGUACCUGCCUAGUGAGGCUCCUAAGAAGUGGGUCAGCAGCAACCCCGCGGAUAUUGAGUACCUCGUCAAGCUGGAUCGCCACAGCUUUUGA